AUGGAGGCCUUCCAUCAUUCAACAUUUAGGAACAAGGACUAUCAACAAUUUUGUUCUUUACCUUCAGUCUUAUGUUUUGAAGUGGAUACUUCUCAAGAAAAAUUAGAAAGCAUGUCAGAAGCAGAUGCCGUGGAUGUCAGCAGUCUUUCUCAAGACUUAACUUACUCAGAUUCUCCCUCCUGUAUGGAAACCAUCAAUACAGCUUCAGGCGUGCCUCAGAAUGAAAUAAAUAUAAACGGGGAAAAUGAGUCUAAAACUACACUUUCUGAAGAUAUUUUUAACACACUAGACAAUUUGAUAGGUGAUGCCAACAUUGAAAACUACUCACAGAAUGUAGUUCUACAAAUUGACACCCGAAUUUCUUCUUUGAAACAAUUUGAACCUAUUUGCAAAUUUCAUCGGAUAGAAGCCUUUAAUGAUGAAAUGAUAACAUUUCAAAGUGCUAUGGAAGGUUUACCUUACACAGAGAAGCCAGAAUUACAAAGUCACAUGUGUAAUUAUGACAAAGACAGCAAUAUAAACAAAGAUUUGUAUGAGGAAGAAAAUCCAGGGGGAAUGAGCAUUUCCACAAAUAAAGACCUACUUGCUAAUGAGUUUGUCAGUGAACCUUCUAGAAGUCUGCCUCUAAUGCACUGCUGUGGAGAGAAACUGAGUUUCAUGGAAAAAUCACAGGCUCAAAGUACUGCCAAGGAACCUGCUCCCAAUUUUAUUCGACAUCAAAACUUCUUAUGUUCAACUGCAGUUGCACCAAAUGAAAUACAGAACUAUGGGGAGACUCCUGAGGCAAUUUGUUACCAAAAUGAGGUCAGAGUGGGGGACGAGGAAAGUACAGAGAUUUUCUCAACUUGGUCCCCUGGAGACAUUUCCUGGAGUGGUGGAGGAUCCAAUGCUUAUCUCAAGACCUUUGACCCGGAGCAACGCUUUGAAAGCUUACAACCUCUGGCAGAAGAUACAGCUUUAAAUGAAGUCAUAGGGAAAUUAAAACAUAUCAACAAACAGCAACAAACUCGAAUCCAAGACCUACAGUGUCGUAACACAUAUUUAGAGAUGAAGGUUAAAGAAUUACAGAUGAAUAUUACCAGAAAGCAAGUGUUGAGUGACAUCUUUAAUAAGCUACAAGAGCAUAUCGAAAAAUUAAUUGAAGACAAAUACAAAGUAAUCCUAGAGAAGAGUGAUUCUGACAGAACAUUGAAAAAUGUGCAAGCGAUUUUAUCUAACACGCAAAAACAUCUUCAAAAAUCUAGAAAGGAAAAUACAACUUUACAGCAAGAGCUUAAGAAGAUCAAGGUGAACUAUGUUCAUCUACAGGAAAGAUACAGGACAGAAAUUCAGCAAAAAAAUAAAUAUAUAAGUCAGUGCAUCGAGAUGGACAAAACCUUAAAUAAGAAAGAAGAGGAAACAGAGAGACUGCAGCAAGUCAAAGCAGGAUUGGAAACGACCACUGCUUCCACUCUGGACUUGUUGAAAAGGGAAAAAGAGACCAGAGGACAAGAACUCCUGUCUUUACAGGAGGAAUUCCAGAAACAUGAGAAGCAAAACCUUCAAGAAAGACAGAAGCUGAAAUCUCGUAUUGAUACAUUGAUUGCUCAAGUUAAAAAAUUGCAAUUUAUCUCUGAAAAUGAAAGGGCGAAGAAUAUUAAACUUCAGCAGCAGAUCUAUGAAGUGAAAACUGAAAAUGCAAAACUGCAGCAGCAGGUUACAAAGUGUAAAGAGCAAAAUUACAUCCCUAAACUUGAGAUAAUUGAGUUAAAGGAGCAAUCAGAGGAGGUUAUGGAGCCGUAUAUUACAAAGGAUCUAAAGAUGAUACAUCCUAAUUUGUUUCUGAACUGUUCACCUUGUGAAGAAGAGAGCCUAAGUUCUCCUGAUGAGGAAAAAACUCAGCUGGCCCCCAAAAUUCACAAUCUGCUGACUCUGAUGGUAGGACUUCUCACAUGCCAGGACAUCACCCAUCCUGGUACUGAACAUUUCAAAGACAGUGAAAAAAUUAGUGAAAUAAUGCUGCAAAGAUUGAAGUCCUUCUAUAUUAAAAAGAAAAACUUACACAAAGAGCUACUGAAACAUACAGCCAGAAUCACAAUGAUUAGAGAGUUAAUUGCUAGUGAAAAAUCAUUUCAAGAUCAGGUUAUUGAGGCCGCAGACUUUGAUUCAAAUGAAGCCAAGAAUGUCGAUGAUAUACCUACCUUACUAGGAGCCAAACUUGAUAAAUACCACAAUCUAAAUGAAGAGCUUGAUUUCAUGAUUGCAAAAUUGGGGAAUCUUCUAGAGUCAAAAGAAGACCAUUGCAACAGACUCAUUGAAGAAAAUGACAAGUAUCACAGACAUGUAGGCACCUUAAUAAAUAAGGUUACAUCAUAUGAAGAAAUUAUCAAGUGUGCCGACCAAAGGCUUGAGAUAUCCCACUCCCAGAUUGCACAAUUCUCAAACAGCAGACCAUUCAUCAAGGAUUUUGUAUCCAAGCCCAAAAGUUUGUUACCCAAGAUGAUGAAGACUGACAUGGAUGCAGCUGAUGCUGCAAAUCAGGGGGAACUGGAGGAAAACACACGACUUAUUAAUCAAGUGUUAGAACUCCUACACACACUUGAAGAUCUCUCUGCAAGAGUAGAUGCAGUUAAGGAAGAAAAUCUAAAGCUAAAAUCAGAAAACCAAGUUCUUGGACACUAUAUAGUCAGCAUCUAA